GAGAGCUUUGCUCAAUGUCAGGUUCAGGCGGUAUUUUGUUUACUAACCAAGUGCGGUUAAAGGAGAAGCGUCGACUUUAUAAGUGAGUGAUAAUGAAUCUGGAAUUACUAGAAUCUUUCGGACAAAACUACCCGGAGGAGUUCGACGGUGCAUUGGAUUGUAUAUCGCUGGCCGUCACUUGCGCCUUCAACAAACGAGGGACGUUGUUAGCCGUAGGAUGCAACGACGGCCGCAUUGUAAUAUGGGACUUUUUGACUCGAGGAAUUGCGAAAAUAAUAAGUGCCCAUGUCCAUCCAGUAUGUUCCUUAAGUUGGUCAAGGAAUGGACAUAAGCUGCUUAGUGCUUCAACAGACAAUAAUGUUUGCACCUGGGAUGUUCUGUCUGGAGAAUGUGACCAGAAGUAUCGUUUUCCGUCACCAAUCCUCAAGGUGCAGUUCAACCCACGUAAUGACAAAAUGUUCCUUGUGUGCCCCAUGAGACAUGCAGCAGUGCUUGUUACUACAGAUGGCUCACAUCAGAUAGUGCCUUUAGAUGAAGAUUCUGACUUAAAUAUAGUGGCAUCUUUUGAUCGUCGUGGUCAACAUGUGUAUACCGGCAACGCACGCGGAAAGGUCCUGGUUCUUUCAACACCAGGGCUGGAACUCAAAGCUUCAUUCAAAGUCACUCAGGGUACGACCAGUGCAACUGCUGUUAAAAGUAUUGAAUUUGCUCGACGUGGAGACUGUUUCCUGGUGAACACUGCUGAUCGCGUCAUCAGAGUUUAUGACAGCAAGGAAGUUUUAGCAUGUGGGAAAGAUGGUGAACCAGAACCCAUCCAGAAAUUACAGGACCUGGUCAACAAAACCAUGUGGAAAAAAUGUUGUUUCUCUGGUGAUGGGGAGUACAUCUGCGCUGGUUCUGCUCGUCAACAUGCGUUGUAUGUAUGGGAGAAAAGCAUAGGAAACCUUGUGAAGAUACUUCAUGGUACUAAGGGAGAAUUGCUGCUGGAUGUUGUGUGGCAUCCAGUGCGUCCAAUCAUUGCUUCGAUAUCAAGUGGUGUUGUCUCUGUUUGGGCUCAGAACCAAGUAGAAAACUGGUCAGCAUUUGCUCCAGAUUUCAAGGAACUAGAUGAAAAUGUUGAAUAUGAAGAACGUGAAUCCGAAUUUGAUCUCAGUGAUGAAGAUAAAUCUGUUGAACUUGGUCCAGAGAAACAAGAAGACGAUCUUGAGGUAGAUGUUUCUACCAUAGAGCCUGUAGCUGCAUUUUGCAGCUCGGAUGAGGAAACGGAAGACACUGAAGCCUUGCAGUUCCUUCCCAUUGCACCUGAAGUUGAGGAACCUGAGGAUGGCUGGGGAGCACCCCCUCCACCUUCUGGAGCUCCUAAUCAGCCACCUGCUAAUACUAACACACCAUUAGGAGAUGGAAAUGGUGCUACAGAUGGAAGCAAAGAGAAUACAUCACCACAACCAAAACGACGAAAAUAUAGAUCGUUUGACAUACAGUUGGAAGGUGCGCCAUGUGAAGAAAUUCAUCCACUUCUUAGUAAUCGUGUCAAGGACAAGCAGCAAUCUGUUGGGAAGAAAGGAAUUGGUCGAGCGAGACUUGAAGACAGGAAAAGAGCGAAAUGAAAUUGUGGUGUAAGGAGAGUGAACAUUGUUACCAUGAACUUCCAAGUCAUUGUCAACCAAAUUUUUGCCCUGUGACCAAGCUGUUUGUCAAGAACAGAUGUCUGUAACAGUUGCAUUGUGGUCUUCCAGGGAAACAUUCAGUGAAAAGGGCAGUCUUAGAAUCUGGAGAAGAAGAUAGAUGCCAAGUGAGAUCAGUGUGUUGAAUUGUGCCCCACAUAAGUUAACAUCAUAGUAUUAUCAUUUGUAUAUGUUUAUUAUAUUAAAUAUUCAAAUUUUUAUAUGUCACUUUUCAUCACACUCAGUGUAUAAAUAUGUGUUUGUAGUUA